AUGAAAUAUGUUGAUAGCUGGAGACUAUGUGAUUGUGAUGAUUUGAAAAACUCUGAAUGUAAAAAAAUCAUCAACGAUAUUGAAGUGGCUGUAAAUAAUCUAUACGCGAAAGAUAUUGUUUUUGCAGACCUCCGUAAUUCUAACAUCUUGGUUAUUAAAGAUGAUGAUGAAAAGUAUAGCAAAUACUCGAUCAAAGAAUUUACCCUAGCAUCAUGUGGUCAUAUCUUUUACCAAAAGUGUCUCGAGAAGCAUCUUGUGAAUGGUGAAGCGAUAUGUCUAAAUAAGGAGUGUAACAAAGUUAUAGGAACUUUUCUCUCUCUGGGGCUGGAAAAAAAUAAGGAUAAGGAGAUAGGAUUACAAGAGUCUACAAGAUCAUCUGCAGAUGAAACGAACACCACUACUACAGAUUUGACCAAUAGCAUUGCUACUACUGCCACUAUGGCCAACAAGUAG